CAUUCCACUUAAUCUGUGCAGUAUCAUUGUGCUUUACACCUACAGCACAGACUGACAUGAUGGAGAAACUUAAACUGCUCUAUUUUCUGCUUGGUGUAAUAGGACCUGGUGGAGGCACUGUUUUGCUGGUUGGAUUACCUAAUUCAGCCAGUGUGAUGGAAAACCAGUCAGCUGGUACCAGCAUCUUCUCAUUCUCUGUGUCCACCAACUCCACCAUAUCAUCUGGAUUCCCUUACAUUAUCAACACAAGUCCUCUCACCAAGGCUUUUCGAAUUGACUACAUUGGAACUUCUUAUAAUGUGGCUUUAACAGGAAGCCCAUUGCUUGAUUUUGAAACUACGCCCAACAGUUUUAAUUUGCAGAUUUAUGUGGAAGACUCAACAGGUGCAACUGAUCUCCAAAUCUUAACAGUACAGCUCACUAACGUCAAUGAGCCUCCAAUGUUUCUGGACAAUUUGGCGAAUCAAGAUGUGUCCCUCUACAUCAUAGAAGGCAAUUCACCCGGCGCUAUUUACCAAGUUUUAGCAUCUGACCGUGAAAGUGCAACAAAUACUCUAAGGUACUCAUUGGUUCCUGCCUCAGCGCCAUUUUCUAUUAAUACUGGAACGAUUUCUUCAACAAAAGUGUUUGAUUAUGAGACUGAUCCACACAGUUACUCAUUGAUUGUGACAGUGACGGACCCACAAGGAUUAUCUGUUAAUGGAAGUAUUACAGUCUAUAUAACAAACAUUAAUGAUGAAACACCAUACUUCACCACAACAACUCUGACAUACUUGAUUCCAGAGGAACAGAUACCAGGAACUACUGUUGCAAAUAUAACUGCAGUGGAUCCUGAUGCUGACAACUUCAUUAAUACGCUCCUGUAUAGCAUCAAUACACCUACUGAGUAUUUCACAAUAGAUCAGUUGACAGGUGGGAUCCAAAUUGCAAAGACAAUAGACCGUGAAGCUGAUCCAUUCAGGCUGCAUCCGAACAUAGUUCUAGAAGUCAUGGUGAAAGACAGACCAAGUGGUGGACAGGCAAACAGCACCUUUAUAACUUUCAUUAUACAAGAUAUUAAUGAUAACCCACCUAUGUGCCAACAGUAUGCCUUCAGGAAAUUAGUACCUGAAACUGAAACAACUGGAACACUUAUCAUCGAUCUCACAAAUUUCUGCUCUGACAUUGAUGUGGAUUCACCGUACAAUCUGUUCAACUUUACUGGUCUAUCUGGACUUGGCAGCAGUGAACGAUUUCAGCUUAGCCCAUCUGGGAGUGGGAAAAUAGUGCUAAUCGGUAAUCUGGACUUUGAAGACCCAAACAAUAUAGCGGUUGGCAACGAAUACAGCUUGACAGUGGCAGUGCAGGACAUUGCAGCUCAAUACUUCAAAAAAUAUCUUUAUGUUUAUGUAAAGACAUCACCAGUCAAUGAAUUUCCUCCAGUCUUCAACAGUUCUUCAUAUGUAUUCAACAUUUCAGAACUUUCCCCAGCUACAACAAAGGUUGGUCAGGUAUAUGCUACAGACAAAGACUACCCCUACAUUGGGAUCACGUACUCAAUCGUGGCCGGUGGAAGCACUUUUGGUUCUUCAGACAUAUUUUGGAUGGAUCCCAACACAGGGAAUUUGCAACUUGCUACUAAGGCAGACUAUGAAAUUACAUCCAAAUACAUAAUUACAGUACAAGCCGAAGACUCUGAAUCAAAAUUUUCUACAGCGUCGGUUACUGUCAACAUUUUGGAAGCUAAUGAUGAAAAACCCAUCUGUGUACCAAAUUCAUAUACUUUGUCUAUCCCUGUGGAUCAAGCAAUAGGAACAAACAUUCAGAAUUUCAAACUUACAUGUACAGAUCGCGAUUCAGGUCCCAACUCAUUCCGCUACUUCAUCAAUUCAGGAAACAUAAAUAAUCACUUUGCAUUCACGCCUACCUCUGGUUCCAACAUCACAAACCUGGUUCUUGCUGUCCCUUUUGACUACUCAAGUGGUUAUGACACUACCUGGAACUAUAACCUCAGGGUUUAUAUAACUGAUGACAAUAUAAUAUCUGCCUCUGGAGGAUCCAAAGGGGUGGUUCAGACAGGGACUGUCUCUUUAAAUAUAAAAGUUUACAUUCCUGGACUCACCACUAUCAAGACAACCACCACACCUGAGGUAAUAUAUCAAAGCAAAACAGAAAAUUCAUAUUCUGCAGUUGCUUGGUAUAUACCAUUCGUCAUCACUCUUGGCUCUGUGAUUCUGCUUGGUCUACUGGGAUAUCUGACAUACCUUUUUGCAAAACACUGUCCCUGUAGAUCCAGUCCCAAACCAGACAAAGAACUUCUAAUAAAACCAGCAGAAAAGACAAAAAUUAAGCAUGAUGUGUUUUGGGAAAUGACCAAGAUAAACACAGUCUUUGAUGGGGAAGCACAGGAUCCAAUUACAGGAAAAAUUUAUGAAUACAAUUCAAAAUCUGGAGCCAGAAGAUGGAAGGACACUCAGCUACCUGUCGAGUCAGAGCAAAUAUUACCACAACCAGCAAUGAAUCCGAAUGUCCUGCCUACAGAAAAAGAUCAACACAUGAUGCCAAAAGGUACUCCGAACAAGAGAGAGAAAACACCAAUUGGUGCAGAAAAUGGAGGAAAUCAGACCAAUCCCUCUAAACCUGCCACGCCAAACAGGCUUCAAACAGCUAAUCAAACAUCACCCAAACUGGAACCUGGAAAGCAAAGCCCCAUAAAGCGGGCACACUCACCAUUAUCACCAAGAUUGUCUCCAAAAGUAGCCCCCAAAACACCAAUAGGUCCCACAUAAUAUGGUUUAAGCCUUGUGGGUAACUGUAUACCUGCCUAACUUGCACAAAUAACAGCAUUAUGAGUGCAUUGGAGCGGAGUGCAUCAGAUGUGGCUAACAGGAAAACUAUUUUUUUAGAUUAACAACUGUGUACUGUUUGUUAACCAUUUGGUCCUUAAAAGCCUCCACAGAAACAUGUAUUUUUGUAUUUAUAUAACUAUUUAAUGGAGUAAACACUUGUUUAUUAGUUUGAUAAUUAAAUUAACAAGAAUGAAUAAAUAUAUUUUAUGCAUAAAAAUGCUAUAACGUUUCAGGAAAUGUUUACAUAUUCUGUGUUAUUUCUAAGUCCUGAUUUACCUUGAACAUUGCAAUGCAAUUUGUGGGAUGGAAUUGUGGGAUCAAGUGUGUGUAGUUUGAAUGCAGAUGCUCAAACUAGUACUUGUUUCCAUGUUAUAUUUCUAUCAACCAUGUUUGCCGGAUAAUCAUUCCUCUUAUCUCCAAAAGCAAGCUCUUCAUCACUUCAUUAAAAUCCGAUUUAAAUAGGGCCAAUGAGAUAUUGUGAUCUGUGGAUGUGCAUGGCUUACGCAGGCUAGGGCUAGUAAACAGAAGAACCAUUCUGCCCAUCUUGUCUGCCCAUUUUUCCUAACGUAACGACCUUAAUCAGUCCUUGGUCUUGUCGGAGCUUGCUCUACCAUGAAGCACCUCGCCUUACAUACAUAGCUAUAAAUGUGAUGGGAAUGUCUUAUUAUCAUAAAGCCUAAUAAACAAAUGCAGUUGUAUUGUGUUUCAGAGUUGAUAACUGUUCAUUUAGGGUGCUCAAACUUAAUCCACUCCCUAUGUAGUUGUUAAUCGCAAGGUACAGCUUUAAGAUUUUGCUGAUUGCUUUAGUGUUUGUUUGCUUAUACUUCAAUGUCUUAUUUCUUAUUGUUAAGAUACAAAAAUAAAUAUUAGCUGUCUUUACAAAACUCCAUGUGUGUUUACAAUAAAAAGGGUAUCUAUUUACCGAUCUUUUGAAAAUGCA